UGGACUGCUGCCGUUUACUGUGGCUGCUGCUGAUGAGCUCUGAUUUUCUCCCACAGUGCAUGUGCUGCUGUUUAAAGACAAGUAGACAAACUUUAGGACAAACACACGCUUCUCCAUGGAGAUUGAAAACAUGGUGGCAAACAGUGCUCUUAUUAAAGCCAGGGAAGGUGGAGGGGGUAAAGGCAGAAGCUGGAAAUGGAAGGAGAUGCUUCGCUUUCCUCACAUCAGUCACUGUACGGACCUGGCUAUGAACAUUGAACGAGAUUACUACAGUGUGUGUGUGAGGCAGCCUAUCGGCAGAAGACUCUUUCAGCUCUUCUGUCGCAGUCGUACUGAUCUGCAGAACUACAUGUCCCUCCGGGAUGCCUUGGACACGUUUGAGACCAAGGCGGACGAGGACAGGAAAGACUUUGGCAUCAACAUCAUUCAGAGAUUCCUAACGAGUCAGUCCAGUCAGUGCAUCCCUAUCCUGCUGAAACAUGGAGAAAGCUGUAUUCAGAGUAUGGAGGCGGAUCCGUGUGUGGAUGUCUUUCACGAAUGCUCCAAAGACCUGCACAAACACCUGAGUGGAGAGCCCUUCUUCCAGUACCAGGACAGCAUGUUCUUUGACCGUUUCCUGCAGUGGAAGAUGUUGGAGAGGCAGCCCAUCAGCAAGAAGCAAUUCAGACAGUACAGACUACUGGGGAAAGGAGGCUUUGGAGAGGUGUGGGCGUGUCAGGUGCGGGCCACAGGAAUGAUGUACGCCUGCAAGAAACUGGAGAAAACCCACGUGAAGAAGCGACGAGGAGAAUCUAUGGCUCUGAACGAGAAAGAGAUAUUGGAAGGGCUGGACAGUCGAUUUGUGGUGAAUCUGGCAUAUGCAUAUGAGACCAAGCACUUCCUCUGCAUGGUUCUGACCAUGAUGAGCGGCGGGGACUUGAAAUUUCACAUUUAUAACAUCGGCGAGCCGGGCCUGGAGAGAGCCAGAGUAUGUUUCUAUGCUGCAGAGGUCUGUUGUGGUAUACUUCACCUCCACCAGAAGUCAAUAGUAUACAGAGAUCUGAAACCAGAAAACAUUCUACUGGAUGACAAUGGACACAUUCGCAUCUCUGACCUGGGCCUGGCUGUGAGGCUGUCUGAGGGGAGACUGGUGCGAGGCAGGGUGGGCACACUGGGAUAUAUGGCUCCAGAGGUGAUCAGCCACGAUCACUACGGCAUGAGUGCAGACUGGUGGGGCCUUGGCUGUCUGAUUUAUGAAAUGACUGCAGGACAGCCGCCGCUCAGGGCCCGAGGAGAGCAUCCAAAUACCUCGGAGAUGGAGCGAAGGAUAAAAAAGCAACAGGAAGAAUAUAAUAACAAAUUCAGCCCUGACGUAAAAGACCUCUGCUCUUUGCUGCUGACCAAGGAUCCAAAGCAGAGGUUGGGCUGCCAUGGUUCAAAGGGGAAAGAUGUACAGUUUCAUCCUUUCUUCAAAAAAAUCAACUUCAGAAUGCUGGAGGCGGGACUUGUCAAUCCGCCCUUCAAACCUGAUCCCCGACAGGUGUAUUGCAGUGAUGUACAAGACAUUGAAGAGUUUUCCUCAGUGAAAGGAGUCACUCUGGACCAAAUGGACAACAGCUUCUACUCCAAGUUUAACACAGGCAGUGUCCCUAUAACCUGGCAGAAUGAGAUGAUAGAGACAGGAUGUUUCCGGGAGCUGAAUGUUUUUGGUCCUUCUGGGUCUCGAACUCCAGAUCUGGACUGGACACAGACCCCCGAGAGCCCCAAACGCAGUCUGCUGGACCGAUUCCGCCGCAAACAUCAGAAUUCAGACUCAUCAGAGGAGAGCAGACAGAGCUUGUUGCCCAGUGAAAGCUACAUUAAGUCAGGACUCGUCAGUACUACCCUCUGAAGACUGUCACAGCAGACAGAGUCAUCAAUGGCACUAGCUGUGUCUCAAUUCAAGGUCUGCACACUUUGCGGUAUAAGGAGGCUGCCGUCUCUGGCCACAGCCAACCAGACGUCAUGUUAUAAAAUGGGCUAUAACUCACAAAGCUCCAUUUCUGGCAUGAAAACACCCGUGGGAUAUGUGGGAUAU